GCGACCACCAUGCCCGGCUCCACCGUGGUGCUCAUCGGCGCCUUCAUGGCCGCGCUUCUCGCCGUCUCCCUCUCCACCGUCGUCCUCUGCUCCAACCGGCGCCAGGCGUCACAGCAGAGCGUUGUCGACUUCGAGCUCGGCCUGGGGCAGCCGUGCCCGUGCGGGAUCGACAAGGCCGCGUACCCGACAACAGUGUAUUCGUCGGCUGCGAGCCAGAUGGCUGCCGCCGCCACGUCGGUUAAAGAAGAUGGCCGGGCGCCGGGAGACACGACGUGCGCGGUGUGCCUGACGGAGUAUGCAGACGGCGACGACCUCCGGUGGCUGCCCAGGUGCCGGCAUGCGUUCCACCGGUCGUGCGUCGACGAAUGGCUGCGCCGGCGCCCAAGCUGCCCGCUCUGCCGCACGUAGCCUCCACGCAUGCAUGCAUGCACUAGCUACAGCUAGAGCAGGGUUGCUAACACGCAUGGGUCGAAUGAAUCACACAUUUGUCUUCAUUCCUUGACUUUAUUUAUUCACUGUACAACGCUCCGCGUGAAGCUCUAACAGACAAACAAACUGCCUCUCGUGUCACGACCAUUUCCUAGGCAGCAACAGAUCAUAGUGUAGCUAAUUCGCGUUGGUAUAUGUCUCCUACUACCAACU